AUGAAUGACCUACUCGAUAUUGUUGUUGCUCGCAUUUAUCUCGUUGGGGCUGUUGCAGUGGCAGCGCUGGCUUAUCUGAUCUUUUAUGUCCUUCGAGACCCACUGUCCAAAGUCCCCGGCCCUUGGUACACCAAAUGGACUUCAGUUGUGAUCAAGUUUCACUGGCUGAGAGGCAAUCGAGCAAGUUACCAGCAUAGCCUGCAUCAAAAAUAUGGUGCCGUCGUUCGUCUCGGCCCCAACGAAGUCGCCGUAACCAACAUCGAAGCCGUCAAGAAGAUUUACAACACCAGAGAGACCUUCCGCAAGACCUCCUGGUACAAAGAUCUAUCCGUCGCAAGCGAAAAUGUCUUCAACACCAACCGCACCGAGCUGCACCGCCGCCUACGAAGGCUUCUCUCAGGUUCAAUGUCCGAAACCUCGCUGGCGGCUGUUGCACCCCAGGUCCAAAGGACGAUUGAUCUGAUGAUCAAAAGAGUUGGGGAGGAGAUGGAAAGAAGAGGAGCCGCGGAUGUGAUCAAGUGGUUUUUAUUCAUGGCGACAGAUGUCAUUGGGGAGCUUUCCUUUGGAGAUUCGUUUCGAACCCUGGAAAUCGGUGAACACAGCGAUUACACGAAAGACUUGGCAGAACUGGGCUACCUCGGUGCUGUUCGCUCCGCUUUUCCGACACUUAUCGCGAUGGCAAAAUAUCUGCCCAUCUCUUAUUUCAGACGUCCCCUUCGAGGCACAAAAAACAUGAUUCGUUAUGCGGACGAGUCGAUUACUCGCUACAGGAACCUGUUGGACUCUGACCCAACCAGUGUUAAAUGGACGCUCUUCACCAAAGUUUUCCAAGACCAAGACAAGGGAGAAGGCCUCAGUCCGGUAGAGCUCAGAAGCAACGUAUCAGCCUACAUUGUUGCUGGCAGUGAUUCCACCGCAGUCACCCUCACUUACCUAGUCUGGUGUGUCUGUCGCGAUCCCAAAGUCAAGGCCGUUCUUUUGGCAGAGCUCCGAGCGCUCCCAGACAACUUCACCAUUGCAGAUCUUCGUGACAUGAGCUACUUGAACGCAGUGAUCGACGAGACCAUGCGUCUCUACUCUGGCAUCCAGUCCGCGCUGCCUCGCUGGGUGCCCGAGAGCGGCGACAACAUCGCUGGAUACUGGCUUCCUAGCGGCACAACCGUUUGCGCACAGGCGUACAGCAUGCAUCGCAAUCCCGAUGUCUUUCCUAACCCCGACGUCUUUGAUCCUUCACGAUGGGAUAUGCCAACAAAGGAAAUGAAAGAUUCCUUCAUGCCCUUUGGAAGCGGAGCACGGAUUUGUAUUGGGCUUCAUCUGGCACGGAUGGAACUGCGCUAUGCAGCUGCACGCUUUUUCCUGACGUUUCCGGAAGCCAAAGUGUCAUCUCUGGAGGGGAUGAAUGACGGGGACAUGGUGCCGAAAGUGUUUUUCUUUACUGAGCCAAAGGCUAAACGAUGUUUGAUUCGGAGGCAGUGAAGUUACCAAGUGUAUGUAUGUAUUUCGUUUGUCG